AUGUCUCCUGAGACGGUCGAAAAUACUUCCUACCUCUCCUCCCCUGAUACUCCUUCAACGGUUUUCCCCGAACGACUUAUUCGACCUCUCCCCAAACGGUCAAUCAAGUCUCGAUUAUCUCAAGAGGCUGCCGAUGCGAUUACCUAUCCUCCGACAUUGCCCUCAACGAGUUUACCGACCUACGCUCACUAUGGGGAAAAUGGGGAUUAUCCAAAUGAUAGCAAGGUCCUCGUUCAACAUCACAGUGAUGGAUAUGAUCAUGAUCAUGACCACGAUCAUGAUGAGGAGCAUGACCAUCAUGGUUGUCCCCACCACCAUCACUGUCAUCAUGACGAAUAUGAAGAUGAUUUGGACUCUCAAGAUGAACGGAUGGUUCCCGUUCGCCACUACUUUGUCACUUCCCAGCGUUCACCACGAUCAGCUCGUCAAUCCAGAUACGCGGCCAAAGGAGGUGCUUCCGUUCCCGACGGAUAUGAAGCAUUUGAAAACACCAACAAUAAAAAGAAAAGAAAAAUACCUACCUCAGGCAGUUUGAGUCUACAUCACUCGACAAUGACGAAUGAACUUGCACAUAUGGGUAUCAGUGGAAGUAAGGACGGCUCAGCUGAUGAUUCUUAUUAUGCCACGACGCACACGGGAACUAGCUCCGGUCUUGGAGUUCAAGGUGCUGGUAGGGGACGCAACACCAGAAAACUCCCAGGUCGGAAUCCGCUUGGGGUUUCGGUGAACGGCUCCAAUGCUCGAAGUGGUCCAUCCAAGUAUGACCAGAACAUGAGCGCCAAUGCCAAAGCCGAAGAAUCGAAAGAUCAGGGAAUUAUAUCUGCGGCCAUCGCGAAUGCGACUGCCUUGCUCCGGAAGCCUUUGGGCAAAGGCCAGGAGAAUGUGGGCGUGUUAGAUCAGCAAGCCAAGCAAGCUCACACCAAUUCUCAAUUCACCUUUACCUGUGAAACCGAAGCCAAAGGAGUAACUUUUCCAGAGCAAAGUUUAUAUUCUCCAGGAUACAGCCAACGCAACAAUCUCGCUCCUCCGGCACAAUCUGGGUCGUACCAGAAAGCGUCCACACAAGGAACGCACACCACCCCGAAUGUUCCUCCGUCGAGUAGUCAACAGCCGGCAACGGCAGCGACACCCGCUUCGACGACGAAUACGAAUGCAAAUGCCAACACCAACACGAAUGCUCAAGGCAAGAAGCCCCGAAGACGGAGAGGAGAUGUGUAUGCUCUGGCAGCUCGUCAAAGAAAACUUCAGCAAGAAUACAGUAAUUUGCAACAUCCUCCGGCGCCGGAAGACAUCUGGAUCUGUGAAUUUUGUGAGUAUGAGAGCAUCUUUGGCCAAGCACCACGUGCCCUCAUCCGGCAAUAUGAAAUCAAAGAUCGAAAAGAACGGCGUCGUCUGGCGGAAAAGAGACGAUUAUUGGAAAAGGCCAAACUAAAAGGGAGGAAGGGGAAGAAACAGGCCAAGAAUGCUGCCAAAGCUGCCAAAGAAGCAAUGGGGACAUUGAAUCCGGCGUAUGACAAUCAAGGCUUGGAUCAACUUGGAGACGAUGAUCUGGAUUAUGGGUACGACGAUGAACCAAUUUCGAUGCCGGCACCACCCGCGCAAACUUCAAAUAAGCAGGGGUCGGCCGGAGCAUCGAAUGUCAAUGCGACCACGGACAAGGCUGGAGGAGCUGGAGCAGGGGGAGGAACACGAUGA